CAUUGCGCCUUGUUUUCUGUUUUGUGUCGUAAAUGUUGCAUGUUUCUUGUGAUAUAUCCGGUUCUGUUCCAUUUUUAUGAUCAGUUAACAACUGCAAACACGCUUAGAUGAAUCGAAACGGAACAGAACCGAUCAUGAAUGCCUUAAAGUGUCGGUUCUGCCUUGAACCACAUUAUCCUGAAGCUGGAAGCUUUUCUAUACUGAAUAUACCGUUCAGUAUCGCACUUAAGCGAGUAUUUUCAUUUGAGGUCAAAUCGGAGCGACAUUUACCCGACUAUGCGUGUAAGGUAUGUUCCGCGAUGGUAUGGCAAUUCUAUACAUACAGCGUCAUGGUGGAAGACAAUCAACAAAAACUGCAACAACCAUGCUCGUUGCUGAAUGCAGAAUCUCCACGGAAUUUCGCCGAAAGUUAUCGCAUAGAUGGCCAUGAGCAUGUGGCCAUUAAACGCGAACCGGUUGAACUUAGUAAUAGUAGAAGUCCUGUACCUUCAUGCUCUAGUAAUGCCGCUUUCGACGAAAGUUCACGUCAUAAGAUGAAAGCUGAACUACAGAACGAGGAGAGAACACCGGUAGAAAUUGCUGUAAGUCGUAAAGUCGUUUCGCAAUCUAUGACGCCGCCAGUUUCAGAAAACGAUGUUGCUGGAAAUGUUAAGAUGGAAGAACGCGAACCGAUUGAACUUAGUCCUGUACCUACAUGCUCUAGUAAUGUUGUCGUCGAAGGAAAUUCACAUCAUAGCUUGAAAACUGAACCACAGGACGAGAAGAGCACGCCAGAAGAAGUGAUUGUAAGUCGUGAAGUUGCUUUGGAAGUUAUGACACCGCCUGUUUCUGAAAACGAUGACGAUGGCACUAUCAAGUUGGAAGAAUACGUUCUCCAAGAGAACACUGAUAGAAGCAAUAUGAUGGAAGGUAUUGCUGAUAAUAUUACUCAGGAACAACAGGCAGAGGUGCCCGUUGCAAAUCGUGAAGUUGCUUCUGUAUUAGAAAAUCCUGUUUCUGCUAACAUUGAGAUGGAAGAACAGGAUAUAACAACACACGUUGAAAAAAGUAUUGCAGGUAUUGCGGAAAAAGUUACCCAGGAUUAUCAGGCAGAAGACGAAAGUAGCAGCACCAGUGACAUGAUGGACUACUAUAAGCCAGCUGACGAACCAACCGAACCCGAUUUAUCCUCUGCUAGCAGUUCCCAAGGCAAUGCACACGAUCAAACCCAAACCGAGGAAUCAUCAUUACUUCUGUGCGAUAAGUGUGUAACAUGGUUCUCCGACAAAAGGCAACUGAGAAAUCAUCAGCGUAUGCACAAAACGAGUGAGUGUCCCAUCUGCAAGAAGAUGAUAAAAGGUGACUUUAUAUCGCAGCAUCUUGCCGCCCACGAAGGUGCGUUCCGGUGCGAUAUAUGUGACGCAACGUUCGCGAGUUCCACCAACUUACGAAUACACGAAGAUAUGAAACAUUCGGCCGAUGCACAACAGGGCGACGAGAAGUUUCCCUGCGAGCUGUGCGAACGAAGGUUCCACAACAAAACACAGCUGUCCCUCCACCAAAAGAGGCACAAAAUGAAACAAUGUUAUAUUUGCAAGAAACAGGUUAACACCACGCACUUUCAGAAUCACAUUUCCGCUCACAAGGGCGCAUUCCUCUGUGAACUGUGCAAUCGACCGUUUUCAUCUCGCUCGAACUUGAUGAACCAUAAAAAAGUGAAACAUAGCCCGGUGUACAUUUCGUGCGAUCGGUGUGGUCAAACUUUUCCCAAUUUAACCAAGUUGACAGCUCAUAUAAAGGGACACCAGCGGAAACAGUGCCCUAUUUGUAAGAAAGAGUUUCGACCUAAUAAGAUAAAGGAGCAUCUCGCUUCACAUGAUGGUGCAUUCCGUUGUGAUAACUGUAGGAAGACGUUUUCCACUAAAUACAGCCUAAACAAACACAAUCGUACAUCUAUCCGUUGUAGAGCUGAAAGCAGUGACAGUGACUCAGAGUAUGAAUUAUCACCAGAAUCAGGGGAAUAAAAUGAACGGUUUAGUAAUUUGGAAACUACAACCGGUUCCGUGGCCUAGCAGGAAGGUGCUCGUCAGCGACCCGCGCAUCCAGCAUCUAUGGCCGUAAAUCUUGUUUUUGAAACACACACUUGUACUUUAAUGAACGUCAGGAAUUAUCGAGUUCGAUAUUCAUUUUCUCUUUAUUCGUAGCUAAACAACUGUUGUUGCUAUAUCUCUUUAUGAAUAGGUAUUCUUAAUGUUAAGCGUUGUACUUACAACAAGACAGUCAAUCCGAUGUGCAGGUAUUACGAAUGCCAGCCGUGUCACUUAGGGCAUGAUGCAUUAU